AAGAAUUAUUACAUCAAGAAAAACACUAUUGUUAUGUAGACUUUUCAAAACGACGAAGUACAACAGGAAAAGGAUAUUUUCUUUUCCGCAUGAUUUUUCCUCAUCUUAGAAAAUUCUCCCUUUUCAUUCUUCCCCUUAUAGAUUCUGGUAAGUGAGCAUUUUGGUUCAGAAAAUAUACUGGUAUAUCUAUCUGAUAUCAAAGAAGCUAAGAAAAAUCUGGAAUUCGAGUAAAAUUCAAGAAUUUAGAUCACAAUGACGCCUGUAUGCCCUUUUAACAAGGCUUCUCGGCCUGAUGAUGCAUCUGGAAAGAAACCUAGUGAAAACCAGAGUAAACAGCAGGCGUCUAGUGAUAACAAGUUGCAGCAAGAUGCAGCGAUUUCAGCAAAAUGCCCCUUUGAUAACAAGUCGCAGCAAAAUGCAGUGAUUUCACCAAAAUGCCCGUUUGGAUAUGAUUCUCAGACAUUUAAGUUGGGUCCUCUCAGCUGCAUGGUUUGCCAAGCACUUCUUUUUCAAUGCAGCAAAUGUGUGCCUUGUUCCCAUGUGUUCUGCAAAGUAUGCAUUUCAAGGUUCAGCGAUUGUCCUCUAUGUGGCGCUGACAUUGAGAAGAUCGAGGAUGAUCCGGAUCUUCAGAAGACCGUUGAUCGCUUCAUUGAGGGCCAUGCUAGGAUCAAGAGGUCUCAGAUUGACACAGACAAGGAGGAAAGAGAAGCUGAUACCAAAACAGUAAUAUAUGAGGAUGUCUCAUUUGAACGAGGUGAUUUUCUGAUGCAGCAGGCCAUGAGGGCUCUUCGUGCCAAUAACAUAGAAAGUGCAAAAUCAAGGCUUGGUGUAUGUGCUGAAGAUGUUAGAGAGCAAUUGCAAAAGAGUGGAAAUACUCCCGAGUUAUGCUCUCAGCUGGGUGCUGUAUUGGGUAUGCUAGGUGAUUGCUGUCGAACUACUGGUGAUGCUAGUUCUGCAGUUUCUUACUUUGAGGAGAGUGUAAAUUUCCUUAUGAAAGUUCCAAAGGAUGAUUUGGAGAUAAUACACACACUUUCUGUCUCUCUAAAUAAAAUUGGAGAUCUGAAAUACUAUGAAGGGGAUUUACAAGCGACGAGGUCCUACUAUUUUCAGGCCUUGGAUGUUCGCCGCAGUGCGAUCAAGAAUAAUUCAACUGUUCCUUCUCAGGUCAUAGAUGUUGCUGUAUCCCUUGCCAAAGUUGCUGAUGUAGAUAGAAAUCUGGGCGAUGAAGACACAGCAGUUGCAGGUUUCCAAGAGGCCAUUAAACUGUUAGAAUCAUUAACAGUAAGUCCUGAAGAAGUUGGCCUCGAAAAACGGCGCCUUUCAGUGCUGGAGUUCCUAAACAGUCAGCUUGGGAAAAAAUAGCACAUUCCACUCUCAAAUAUAUAUGUUAGUUAUAUGCGUGAAGAGAUGAACCAAACAUCCGGUUUGGCUGUUCUGUAAUAACUAUUAGUGAGCACAAGUUGUUGUUAUUGUAAAUGGCUUGCAAGCUGGAAACGAAUUUCUGGACUCAUAAUACGUAAGAAAUACUAUGCUAUUGUCUUGUUAAUAGCAUAGCAAAAUAACUGGCAUUGCAAAAUAGUUAAAGCUAGUGUGUUGGUAAAUUCCAGAUUUUCUCAGUGAUGAUGACCACAAAGAAAAUGAAAACUUCCCAUUGGGUUUCUUCU